AUGACGGAAAAAUACGUUUCAGGGUACCCUCCUCCCCCGUAUUACUACAAAGAGUACGCAGAUGUAGGCUCCGAUAUAAACAGAUUAAUUGAAACAAACAGAAGUACGAAGGAAAAUAAUCAAUCUGAGGAUGGUAAACAUCCCUGUUUUAUAAAACAAAUUCAGGAAAUGUAUGAUGUGUAUGAUAUUAAUAAAAAUGUAAAUGUGAAAUUGAUUGAAGCCGAUAGCUCGUACAUAAAAGAAAAAUAUGAUGAAAAUAAAUGUAAACUCUUAUUUGGUCGACCCCCACCUAUAGCUUUAAAAAAUAAUUAUAGUUCUUUUGGCUUAAAUUAUAAUACUGAAAGAGUAAUUGAAGAAUUGGAACCAGACGAAUUGUUAUAUGAUGAAAAAAAAAAUUUAAAAGAAGAAUUUAUUAGAUUAUAUAAAAUGUAUAAAGACUGUUUUUUUAAUUUAUUUGACGACAUAGUGAACAGUAGAAAAGAUGAUAAAACCAAAAUAAAAAAUUUAAUAAAAGUGCAUAUAAAUUUAUUUCAUAUACUAGCUAAAUUAAGAUAUUAUCAAAGCAUUAAUAACAUAAUAAAUGUGUUAAAAGUACAGCUAAAAAGAAGACAAAUAGCAAUUGAUAAGAUGAAAAUAAGUCUGCUAAAUGUUUAUGAUUACAUAAAUUUUGUUCAGACAAAUUUCUCAAAAAGUAGGAUGAUUAAAAGGGGGAAAAAGGGGGUCACUAAAAAAGGAAAAAAAUUGAAAACUAAAAAAGAAAAAAGUCAAAGGAUGGAAAGUUGA